AUGCAUGUAACCAGUAAGACUGGAAUAAGCCUUAUUUCUGAUCGACAUAAAAGCAUUUUAUCAGCAGUGGCCAAUCCAGACAUUGGAUGGCAACCUCCUAAUGCAUACCAUGUGUUUUGCCUUCGUCAUGUGGGGAGCAAUUUUAAUACACGAUUCAAGGAUCAAUACAUGAAGGGUUUUCUAAAGAAGCUAGGAUAUGUUGCAAAUAAAGACUACUUUGAUGCCGCGUAUGCCGAGUUCUGCAGCAUUAGUCCAGAAGUCGCUGCGUGGAUUGAGGCUGUUCAAAAAGAGAAAUGGACUCGGAGUUACGACGAGGGUGGACGAAGAUAUGGUCACAUGACAACUAACUUGUCUGAAUCAGUCAACAGGGUUUUUAAGGGAGCGAGGAACAUGCCAAUAACUUCUUUGGUAAAAUGCACAUAUAGUCGACUUGCUCGUUACUUUUUUAAAAGAGGGUUUAAAGCACAGAAAGAUGUCGAGAUUGGAAAGCAUUUCUCAAAUGUUAUUUCAGAAGCGAUGACAAAGAACAAUGAGAGGGCAACAUCAAUGCGUGUUCGGGAGUAUAAUGUGGCGCGCACCUCAUUUGAAGUCGAUGACCAAGGGUCUACUUUUUCGGUUAACCUCACUGAUCGGAAAUGCCAAUGUGGUAAGUUUCAAGCAUUCAAAAUCUCGUGUAGCCAUGUUAUUGCAUCAUGUAAGAAGGUAGCCCUUGAUGUUGAGCAAUACGUGGAUCCGGUAUUCUCAGUAACCUCCAUUAUGCAUGUCUACUCUUCUCCAUUUUUGCCGAUUGGUAGUGAAGAUGGAAUUCCCCCACAUCCCGGUCCAAAGCUUGUGCCUGAUGUCUCAAUGAUGCGUGGACAGGGCCGUCCUAAAUCCACACGUAUUCCCAUAUCUGUAACAACAACGUACAUCCCCCAAUAUCACUGGCCCUGA